AUGAUGCUGUCAUUUCAGAUUGGGAACCCGACCCAGCAGCAGGACCGGCCGCAAGGAUCCAAAGAGCCUAAAGCAAAACGUGCCAAGAUAAGCGUGGCGUGUAACAGUUGCAAAUCCAGAAAAACAAAAUGUGAUGGUUUGAGACCAGCGUGUAAUGCCUGCUUGAAAAGAAAACAGAGUUGUAUCUAUCGUGAAGUUGAUGAAGUCUCGCACUUGGAUGUGGAAGCCUCUCCAAAAGACCUUACGGAAGAGGCUAGCUCCGACCAAGAUGUUGUACCUACCGGAAGUCUAUUCGGUGCCUCUAGUGGAGCACAUAUCAUACCAUCAGCCGCAAAAGCAACAUACCAGAGAAGCGCCUUUGGAGAUGGAACAGAUAAUGGUGCACGUGCUGGUCCAAAGCCACUCAAAGAGUUACCAAAGCUACGAAAACGACAACUAACAACAGAAUCGGACUCGCAAUUUGCGAUUCCUCCAAGGAAAGUAGCGGAUGAUAUGCUGGCCUCAUACUGGGAUUACGUGGACACCACAUACCCAUGGCUUGAUCGACCCUCGAUUGAAAGAGCAUACCUGACUUUAUGGACACAAGAUGGAGAAGUGCCUAUGAAUGAGCGGGCUCUUCACUGCAUUCUCAAUCUCAUGUUUGCGGCAUCAUGCGUGGCUUCUCAGGGCCAAUCCCUUCUUUCUCGCUAUGAAUCAUCCGGUGUAUUUUUUGACCGAGCUCAGCAACUCAUGUCCUGCGAACUGACGAGCAUUUACAACUUUGAAAUCAUCCAAAUUCUCUUGCUCACUGCGGUUUACCUACAGCACGAGAGAGUGCCGCAAAAGUGCUUCAGAAAUAUCGGAAUGGCAAUUCAUAUUGCCCAAGAAUUAGGGCUGCAUCUGCCUGAAACGACCGAGGCUAUUAGUAACCCACAUGAACGAGAUCUGGCUCGUCAGGUUUGGAAUGGCUGUAUUAUAAUGGAUAGAAUCGCCUCAAUGACCUUUGGCUGUGUCCUUAAGAUCUCUCAAGAUGUUGCAAAACAGGGCCUAGAUUCUUUGGUGCUAAACCCUCCAGAGCUUGUCUCCGAUUCCAAAACUUCGACUUUGCCAUGCAAAAUCGAUUUUUAUAUAUCGUUCUGUCGGUUGCAUUACAUCAUUGGUGAAGUUCUAGAAACAUUUUACAUCUCUACCAGUGCCAGAAACGGAUCUUUUUCGAACAAAACUCUGACAGGAUUUGGCUUGGCUUCAUCAUUAUCUUUAGAUAAAUUUGCUACGUUGUUCAGGCUUGAGUUGGAUUUAAACAAUUGGGCUGGCAGUCUCCACCCGUUUUUUCAAUUACCCUCAGACACUGCGGACUUGACACCCACUAAGCAUUUCACGCGUCAGGCAAAUGUUUUACGUGCUCGAUAUCUCUGUGUUCGACUCCUGCUUUUCAGGCCAUUUCUGCUUCAAAUCCAGCAGCAUGACCCGGAUGCCAGCCCACAGACCAGUCUCUACAGAGAUGAGCAGCUGCUGCCACAUGUAGUUUCGCAAUGUCAGAUCCAUUGCUUCAAAGCCGCUUCCGACAUAAUCGAGUUCAUUGUGCGAAAUUUGCCGGAGCGAACACAUGCGUACAUAUUGCCAUCAAAUUGGUACACUGUCUCAUAUGUAUAUAUGGCUGUAACCGUCCUGCUCGCGGCCAAAAUGUCACCACGGAUAAUAGAAUACUUUUCCCGGGCUCGCCUGGAUGGCCUUCUACGACAGGCUCGAGAUAUUCUGAAGAGUUAUGAGCAGCAUACCACCCUAGCUUCGCGUUGUACCUCUGUUCUCGGCCUCAUUGAGAGAAACAUCGAUCGCCGCGGAUCAGGAGACAAUGGUAAUGCUGAGAUUUGGCAAACCACCGGUGACAAUGACUACACAGCUACGCAAGACAGGGCGUCAGCACAGCAAGAGCCUCAACCUGCUCCGGGUAACUUGUCUUGGGUUGAAAACUAUACAUUUGAUUGGAAUGAAUGGCCGACCUUCUUUGCACAAUUGGAUGACACAGUCAGCCUAGUGGACAGUUGGGAACUCUCUAUGUGA